CGGGGCGGGGCUGCACUUGUCAACCCGCCCCAUACUCGACUCUGAUUGGCUCAAUCGUUGUUGGUGUAGAAAAAAAAAGCUGUUCAGUUUCACAAAGCCUUCACUAUAAUGCACAGAAGUCUGUAACUCGCAAUGUGCAUGAACUUAUUGUUUUUGGUAAAUCAAGGUCUUUAGGCGAACGCACGAACGACCCCAAAACAUAAAAAAGAAAAAAAAAUUAUUGGUUGAUUAUCCACAGCAGGAGGAUCAGGUCCUCGGAUUUCGAACAGAGAUGGCGACAAAGAGGAAAAACGCCGGACUGCAGCGACUGCAGGCAUCAGUAUCGUAUCAGUAGAAGACAUACUAAUUCUAAACUUCACUUUGUUGCUAUGCGCAUGUAAACGUAAACCGUAUAUUGUUUUCGUAUCAUAGUUUAUAUAAUUGUUUAAAAGAAAAAUAUAUAUAUAUAUAUUUUAUUCAUAUGACGUCCUCUGUGGACACCAGGACUGUUUGUCAAUCACCUAUCAGUUUUUAGGUUUGAGUAUUUUUUCAACCAAACUUUGUAUUAUGUUAUGAAAUAUAUAACGAAAUUAAUUGAUAAACCAUUACACUUUAUACAAUUUGUGGGUAAAAUGGCCAUAAAUUAUAUAAAUUCUGUUUAUACAUUUAUCCAAUUUGCAUAUUAGUGUGUUCUGGCAAAAUGUAAUGAAAAAACGAGUAAUAAUGGGAGCAAUAAUUGACAACAUUUUCCAGAUAAUAUUUAUUAUUCAUAGGAAUAAUGUACUGAUUAUUUCCCUAUUCACUCGUUGUGUCUCCCCAAAUGCCUGAUAAACUGGUGUCCACUACAGUGGACAUGUAUGAAUGCCCUGUUUUGUAACAGAAAAACACAUUUUGAUUAGAAACUCCAAUGAUAAACAAUUAGAAAAUUGGUCAGAUUUAAGUGAUAAUUACAAAAUAUUAUCACAUUUCAAUAAGAGUACUAAAUUUGAUCACUAAACUAAUGUCAGUCAUCUCUGAAAGGACAAAAGUAUAUUCCUGGGUUUACAUAUGGGCCUAAAUAAGAAGCUCCAAUUUUAGUUUCUAAAAAUGUCCAUAAGAUGUCACUGUUGACAUGUUUAAUGACAGAAUUUUUCCAUUAAAACGCCUUUUUGUCUUGUGCUUUAAAUAGAAAGCCAUAUACAAAUAAAAGCUAUGUUUUUUUCGUUACUAACACAUCGUCCUACAGGUAAUUAUGAAAUAUUUAUUAUUGAUCUUAUUUAUUCUUGAUCUUGUUGUUGUCUAUAACAAGAUUCUGUGAGAUGAUGAAUCUUAUAAAUACCAUAGCUUGUUAAAAGUUAUAAAUGUCUGUUUCAGUUGUAUAAAUGCAAACUAUUAUUAUUACCAGGUCAAGAUCAAUUUCAGCAUUCACAUCGCAAGCAUCCAGUUUGUUCCCGAUUGGUCCCUCCCCUUUCAGCAGUGUAUGUUCAUUGGCACUUCGAGCUGUCAAUCAGAGCAUAGACGCAUGUUUUGGUUUUCAGAAUUGAUGUUAUAGAAAACUCAUAAAAAUUGCAGCUGAAACGAGAGAGAGGAUGCGGUCGGUAAGAACACAUUUAACAGCCUGUUUGACGCAGAAGUUGAGAGUCACCAUUCAAUCAAAAUAUCCUCUCUAUCUUGCCUUGGAGGGAUUAAAUAGGUAAAAUAAACGAUUAAGGACUAUAUUGUACGUGGACUGACAUGCACACUUGGAAGUCAGAGGUCCAGAUGCAGAAGCCUGCAUCGCUCUUUGGCAUGGUCAGUCAUCAGACAGAUUUCACCGAGCUGACUUUCUCCAUGUUCAGCAGUAAGACAGAUAUCUGCCCGAAACGCGUCUCUUCUGACGGCUGCAGUGAAUCGAAUCCCGCCUCGAUACAGAUGCGCUGCGGGUCUGAAGAUCUCAAACUCCACGCGCAUCACACAUCCAAACUCCACUGCUUCACCAUGUCACCCGGAGACGUGAAUGGAGGAUGUAUCUCGUUCUGUUCAGAGAAGGAGUGCGCUCCUGAAUUGACAGCAGAAGAAGGAACCUCACUGCGCUGUGGGCAGAAUCUGCCAGUUCAGUCUGGAGCCCAGUACCACCACAGAAACCACUGUGAGCAGCCCGGACAGAACCUUCACCUGCAGGACAGCCCUCACCGAGACGCCAGGUCUGCUGGCUUUCAGACGGAGCUUAGCUCGUUGUCUCUGUCCGGUGGCGUCAAUGGGUGUCAUGCUUUGCCAUCGUACCCCAUCAAACAGGAGGGCUACAAGCUGGGAUCGGCCCUGAGCGACUUUUCAGGAGGGAUGGGAGGAGGUCGCAGGGAACUGGACUGUUCGAACAGCGGCGGUGGCGACGAUGACAGUAACUUAGCAACUGUUCUGUCGUUGUCGGCAAUGGCGGUGACUGUGUAUCCAUUUAAUAAUGAAGAUGGCUCCUCCCCACUAGCUUUGUCCCCGAGCUCGCGUCACUCAGCAAGGUCGAAUGCGAGCGGACUGAAGAGACGCUGCCUCUUGGUGGCCUCCCAGUCAGCCUCAGAGGGAAUCGAUAUUGCCGCCAACAUCUGCUCCUCCCAGAUGUCCUGCGUUAACGGCCUGCGCACCAAUUCGUCGUCGCCUACCGCCACCGCAUUCUCCCACAAGCCUCUCCCCGCACCCAGCCCUCAGCUGCCGUCACCUUCCACCUCGUCCUGCCUCCUACCCCUGUCCUCCUCGUCAUCAUCCUCCUCAGUGUCAUCAGUGGAGCAUUGUGAGGACGUAGCCUCCAUGCAGCCGGGGCCCGGCGUGGUUAACGGCAACGGGCUUGGACUUCUCAUUCAGCCCGGUGCUCUGCUGGACAACUGUUCACUGAAACAGGAACCGGUGGAUGAUUUCUCUCCAAGUGAGGAGGAGCUCUUUCAGCAUCAUUAUCACCAUCUGGCGAGCCGUGGAAGCCACUGCGUUGGGCAUUCCCACCAUCACCACCACCACCACCAAACAGGCCCCCCACGGCCGCCCAUGCCCCCUCCCUACCACCUGCACCAGUACAUGGGCUCCGGCCCAGGAGCUCUACUGCAUCUUCAGAGCCAGCAGCAGUCUCCACCCUCAGGCCUGCUGGCACAACCCAAACCCACAGGCCUGGUCGAACAGCAGGUGAGCGACAGGGAGGACGUAUUUAGCGAUAAGCAGGUAUGCCGCUGGAUUGACUGCAGCGCGGCGUACGAGCAGCAGGAGGAACUGGUUAGGCAUAUCGAGAAGGUCCACAUCGACCAGCGAAAGGGUGAGGACUUCACCUGCUUUUGGGCCGGAUGUGUCCGUCGCUACAAACCCUUCAACGCCCGCUACAAGUUGCUCAUCCACAUGAGGGUUCACUCUGGAGAGAAACCUAACAAAUGCAUGUUUGAAGGAUGUAACAAGGCUUUUUCGCGGCUGGAGAAUCUGAAGAUUCACCUGCGGAGUCACACAGGAGAGAAGCCGUACCUGUGCCAGCACCCGGGCUGUCAGAAAGCAUUCAGCAACUCCAGCGACAGGGCAAAGCACCAGCGCACACACCUGGACACUAAACCAUAUGCGUGUCAGAUCCCAGGCUGCACUAAACGCUACACAGACCCCAGUUCCCUCCGCAAGCAUGUGAAGAUUCACUCUGCCAAAGAGCAGCAGGUGCGUAGGAAGCUAAGAGCCUGCCCCCAUUUAGAAUCAGAUGCCUUGAGUGAAUGUCUGUCAAUCCAGCAUCUGCAUGGCCCUGCCCCUUCCCAGCAAUCCCACUGCCCGGUCACCUCUCAGCACUCUCUGAAUGGGAAAGAAGGCCGUUCCCCAGCACUCGGGCAGGAAAUGUACACAGGCCUGUACGCCGGCUCCAGCACGACACACAAUGGAGCCCCACUUGAGUUGCUCUCUUCUGGACCUGACCUGCCCCCCAGGCAGCCCCGCCUGGACCGCGACAUUGGCAGCCCCCACCAUCUCUCCCCGCUGUCUGGCCUCGAGAACACCCGGGAAGGGUUAUCUGGAGCUUUGCUGUCUCCAGGGAUCAGUCUGAUGAAGGCCGCUACAUCUCCUCCACCAACACUAGAGAAGCAACAGAACUCCUCUACCAACCAGCAGCACCUCCACACUCAUCAUAAACCCUACUCCACCUUCCACAACCUGCCUACAAGUGACGAUUACCGUGGUAACUUCCAGAGCUGUUUCCAUUUUGGUGACAGCUACCGGAUGGACCAGUCCAUGAGCAGCGGUCAUCAACCUGCAGAGUCUCACAGCUUCAACACAAACCCACACAACGGCUUCCACAUGAGCUGUUCCACCAACACCUCUUCCACAGGUUUCAGCUUGGUGCCCGACAUCAUAGGGUCAGGUUGCCAGUUCUCGCCGGGCACAGAGGAAAGUGUUUUCUUUCAGGUGGGUGGCUUCGAUCGCGGCUUGAGCCAAAUGUCUUCAGUGUACACCGAGACGUAGAAUUAGGUCAUCAUCGGCCAUCAACACGUAUUUUUUAUUAUUUCCUUCCAUCAACGCAGUUUCAACCUGUCAGAGAUUCCGUUUUUCUCAGAAUUCAGCUUUUUUUUUAUUCCUUAAAAUGCAUUGUUGAAUCACCUCAUUGGACUGAAAUAUUAUCUGCUUCCUUGACAACCCCAAAAGCUGCUAUUCCCCUGCAAUGAAGGUUAAAUAAUGAGGGCUCUGUGUUGUGUGUUUAUUAGUGGGAUGUUAUGAAAUUGCCUUUUUUACACAGUGAUUUGAAAGAUGUGUUCAAAGUCUCAUGAGAUACUCCCUUGUCGUCAUCACGGCAUCACUAGUCUUAAUAAUCCAGCUGGUCAGCUCUGAUCCAAUUGUGACUUUGGAAUGGUUUGAUAGAAACUUCAGAGCCACCACAGCUCAUCAGUGAUGAGUUCCACAUUUCCCUGUCAGAGCUCUUUUUCUGAUUUGUUGGCUGUUGUGUUGGAAACAAUUAUUUAGUGUUGCUGUGUUUUGGUCAGUGAAUGUUUGCAAAUGUUUGUAUUGCUUUUCCAUUUGGUUGUCAUCAUCCCAGAAAAAAAAGAGUUCUUUAUUUUGUGAUGGUUGAUGGCUUUUAAUAUCUACCACACUUUCAACGUAUGUAUAAAAUGUACAGUUUGUUUAAUAUUAAUAAUUUCAAUCUCUCAAUCUCUGAAAAUAAAUGACUCUUG